GCGGUUGAGAAAUAGUCAUCCCCUCCGGCAUUCAAAGCCGAGUGGCCCUCUAAGUCACUGGUUCCUGGAAUACAUGAAACAAGAUCGAAGACUGUCAGGAGUAUCCAGGGGCGCCACACUCCACAAGGACAGCUUCCCGGCACUCGCCAUGCGGUGGACCCUGCUGCCACUACUGCUGCUGACUGUGCUACGCCGGAGCCAGGCAAAGAGGGUCCAGGAGAGGGUCCCGCUGUUCCGACUCACUCGGCAGGGCUCCUGGGAGAGCGAUGGCAGCAACGCCACGGACUCGCCCUGCGAGGGGCUCCCGGCCACAGGAGUCACGACCUUGAUCCUGGAAAACCGCAGCCUGGAGCGCCUGCCCAGCUGCCUGCCUCGCUCGCUGCGCAGGCUCGACGGCAGCCACAACCUGCUGAGCACCCUGAGCAUGCGGGACCUCCGCCACCUGCCGCAGCUGCAAGUGCUGAGACUGCACCGCAACCGCAUCGCCGCGGUGCACUGGAGCCCUGGCGGCCCAGAGGGGCUGCAUACUCUGGACCUCAGCGACAAUCAGCUGGCCACCCUGCCUCCUUGCGCUGGGUCCGUGCUGAGCAGCCUCCGCGUGCUGGUCCUUGCUGGGAACCCCCUGCAGGCGCUGCAACCGCGGACCUUCGCCUGCUUCCCGGCGCUGCAGCACCUCAACCUCUCAGCCACCGCGCUGGGCCGCGGCGCCCAGAAUGGCAUCGCCGACGCAGCGUUCGCAGGGGCGGAGGGCGAGCCCUUGGCCACGCUCGAGGUCCUGGAUCUCAGCGGCACGUACCUCGAGCGAGUUGAACCUGGGUGGAUCAGAGACCUGCCAAAGCUCACGUCCCUUUACCUGAGGAAGAUGCCCAGGCUGAGGCUCCUGGAGGGAGACAUUUUCAAGAUGACCCCUAACCUCCAGCAUCUGGAUUGUCAAGCUUCGCCAGCACUUACUUCUGUCCACACACACAUCUUUCAAGACAUUCCCUGUCUACAGGUCCUUCUGUUUCAGAAUUGCAACUUGAGUUCCUUCCCUCCUUGGACCAUGAAUUCCUCCCAGGUCCUGUCCAUCAACCUCUUCGGCAACCCUCUCACUUGCAGCUGUGAGUUGUCCUGGCUCCUUGUGGAUGCAAAGAGAACCCUCCUAAGCAGGGCAGAAGACACCGUGUGCAUACCAGCUGCUGGAUCUGGAGGUCCCUUCUCAGUCCCUCUUCCCCUCUCCCAGCUGCCUGAUGUGUGCAGGUCAGACCACAGUACCACCGUCCCGGCUUCAGACCCACCCUCCUUUGACCACUCAGCCUAUGCUCCGUCUACACAGGGUCCCUCCACCCAGCCGAGCAAGGUCCCCUCUAUUCAGCCUGCAGGAGGCCAGCAGGGUGUUACCAACACCCCCUCCCACACUGUGGUUUCCCUCUCACAAGCUGCAUGGACACGUGGUGAUGCUGGGGAGGGGACUGUCCACUCUGGUAUCAACUCCACAGCAGGCUACCAUAAUUUCAGUGUUCCACCCAAGGCAACCAGCACAGCUGGGACAAAUCAUGGAGGAAGACAAACUACCAAGCGUGUCCUUGAACCUAAUGACUCAGCUACCUCCACCCCACGGGCCAGCAAACACCGUGGUCCCUUUCCCACCUCAACGAACUCCCUUCGCACAUCUCAGCCUGAUCAGAAGACACAGGCCACCCCACAGGUCCCCCAACCGAGUCCCUCGGAAGGUGGGAUUCCAGUCCUCUUGUUGGAUGACUAUGGUGAGGAGGACGGGACCAAGGAAGAGGUGAGAGCGCCUCACCAGUAUGUCCCUUGUGAUUACCACCCCUGCAAGCACCUGCAGACCCCAUGUGCAGAGCUGCAGAGGCACUCAGGAUGCAGCUGCCCUGGCCUCAGCCAGGAAGACACUAUCCCAGACCCCCCCAGGCUACAGGGCGUGUCAGAGAUGACGGACACCUCUGCACUCAUCCUCUGGUGUGCCCCUAACUCAGUGGUGCGUGGGUACCAGAUACGCUACUUUGCAGAGGGCGAGGCAGAGAACCAGUCGGUGGUGGAGAACAUCUAUGCCACCGCCCGUCAGCACCCUCUGUAUGGGCUCUCGCCUGGCACCACCUACCGUGUGUGUGUGCUGGCAGCCAACAGGGCUGGCCUGAGCCUGCUGCGGGCCUCGGGCUGGAGGAGGGCGUGCACCAACUUCACCACCAAGCCCAGCUUCUUGGGCAUCUUCGUGGGACUGUGUGCAGCCAGCAGUCUGCUGCUCCUCAGCACCCUGGUGCUGUCCCUGUGUCUCUGCAGGCGGGGUUGGACAUCACGCAGGCAGUGCUACGACACACACUUGGUGGCCUUCAAAAACCCGGUGACGGCUGAAAGUGUAGUGCAGUGGUAGAGCACUCGCCUAGCGGGUGCCAGGCCCUGGGUUCAAUCCCCAGUACCAAAACCACACAACAGAAACAACAGCAAAACCAUCAGCCUGCCAGCCUUCGGUUAUCUGCUGGAGCUCCAGAGCCUCCGUUGGCCGCCCAGCUUCCUUCUUCUAAUCAGACUCCGUCUGCAUGUAGAAAGGAAGAUACAGAGGACAGGACAAAACAAACGACAACAAAACAACAGCCUGGUGGGCUCCGAUUCCAUGAAGCCAGCGUGCCCGGGACACACAAGGAACUUGCCACAUGGUUUCUUAGCCCAAAGAACUACUGCUUUCCCUUCCUUCUACUUUGUUCAGAAACCCGAUGGUCAAUGCCAGACCACUCCCAUUGGCACCUGCCAUUCUUUUGUGUGGUCUCAUCUGGGAGACUAUAAAACAGUACUAUACUGCUCCUUAGUAGCCAGUAGAAUAGGAAGUAGGAAGAGAGAAAACAGAAAUCACAUAACCCAGUCUCUUCUGUCAUAUGGGAAAUGACUUCCUUGGGUCUUCUCAGCCAACGUCCCCUUAUGGUGAACCUUUGGCUAAGGCACAGAAGCUGUGUUAUUCAAGAACUCAACUCCAGUGGACUCUAACCUGAGACUGGCUGCCAGGGAAAAGAGGUACUGGGUUUCCUGAGGCCUUUGGGUUUAUUAAUUGCAUUUCAGGAUAGGGCAAAAAAUGUCUUUCCUGCCUUACAGUUAAAACUAGUCUUCUGGGAACAUUUGUGAAACACGGGAUAGCUUUAAAGUCAGCAUUUAUUGCAUUUCACCGGAGUCUAAGUGGACAAAGAUACUACGAAUUCCUCUUUUUUAAGUUACACAUGGCAAUGGAAUGUAUUUUGGUCAUACAUGAUGUGGAGUUACCCUGGUAGUGUAUACAAAUAUAAGGUUAGUAAAGUCAUGAAUAAUUAAUUCUCUGUCUUUCCUAUUCCCCUACCUUCUACCCUCCCUUACCCUUUGUCUAGUCCAUUCUAUUUCUAUCAUUUCCCUCCCCAUCCUCACUUAUUUUGGAUUAGCAUUCACAAGUCAGAACAUUCAGCCUGUUUUUGGGGGGAUUGGCUUAUUUCACUUGGCAUGAUAGCCUCCAGUUCCAUCCAUUUACUGGCAAAGGCCAUAAUUUCAUUCUUCUUUAUGGUUAGGUAAUAUUCCAUUGUGUAUAUAUACAUU